AUGUUGAUGAUGGAGGACGACGAAUUGGACGCUCAUCAGGUUGAUUCGGAUUUCGAGCCGCAGAGCCGGCCUCGCUCUUGCACCUGGCCGCUGCCGUGCCCGGAGGAUUUCCCCGGUGGACACGAGGUCAGCGGGGGUCUUCUUCCUCUGGCCAACAUCAAGGUAGAACCCGAGGACGUCCCGACCUGCAUAGCGGGGCUGGCUGGCGGAGCGCCGGGAGAACUGAAGCAUCCAGCCGGCGCCCCGGCACCCGUAGGCGCGACGCACCCUGGAUGCCUGGCCGGCGCGUCGCUCGAUGUGACCGGACCGCUGCGCAAAGCCAAGUCCUCGCGGCGGAACGCGUGGGGGAACCAGUCCUACGCGGAUCUCAUUACCCGCGCCAUCGAGAGCACCCAGGAAAAGAGACUCACGCUGUCCCAGAUAUACGACUGGAUGGUCCGCUACGUGCCCUAUUUCAAGGAUAAGGGCGACAGUAACAGCUCCGCCGGCUGGAAGAACUCCAUCCGACACAACCUAUCCCUCCACACACGCUUUAUCAGGGUGCAGAAUGAGGGAACAGGGAAGAGUUCUUGGUGGAUGCUGAACCCAGAUGGAGGGAAGAUGGGCAAGUCCCCUCGCCGGCGAGCAGUCUCCAUGGACAACAGCACCAAAUACCUAAAAAGCAAAGGCCGCGUCAGAGGCAAGAGGGUUGGCCGUCCUGGGAUAGGAGCAGGGUCUGUUGUGGUUGGGCUCCAAGGUUCCCCCGACCAAAGCAGCCCUCCACGGAAAGGCCUCCCAGGACCUGGAGUUGCAUCUGGGACAGAUGGAGAGUUUGAUGCUUGGACAGACCUCCAUUCCAGGGCUAGUUCAUCAGCCUCCACACUUAGUGGUCGUCUGUCCCCCAUCCUUGCAGAGGGAGAGCCAGAGGAACCAGAGGAGGGUGGCCUGUCCUGUUCCACCUCCCCCCACCUCUACCCCUCACCGACCAGUGCCCGCUCUCCAUAGGGGGCAGGGAAUCUCUGUCCUCCCCUUGAGCAGCUGCCUCAGCUGGCUAACUUGACUGGUGCUAUCAGCCUGGAUGAGCAGCUGAUGGAGGAUAGUUAUCAUCACCAUCACCCAUCGCAGCAGCAACACCAGCAGCAUCCAGCUGUUGUCAGACAUAAGCACCAAACCCCUGUCUACCACUACAGCUCGGGAGUGAAGGGUCAGAGCCCCUAUGGUGCUGGCGUCUAUGGUGCCACAGGCAUGGGGAUGUUGCGCCACCACUCACCCAUGCAGACCAUUCAGGAGAACAAGCCAGCAAGUUUCUCCGGAACCAUGCAGGCAUACUCCAGCACCAAUGCCCUGCAGAGUCUGCUUACAGGCGGUCCAGCUAGGCAGCAAUACUGUUCCAAGGACAUGAUGCUGGGACAGGAGAGGGAAAGCCAUCCUAUGAUGGGGCAAGCUAGUAAUGGAGUAGGCUCCAACCAUCACAGCCACCACCCUGGCCACCUUAAUGGCCACAGCCACAAUGGACCUCAUAGUCACAGCUCAGCUCACAGCCAUAACAGAACUCACAGCCAUACAAGUAGUCAUAAUCACAACAAUGUCACCAACCACAACCACAACUCACCUCACAGCCUCGCUCACAACGGUCACAACCUCAGCCAGAGCCAUAACCACACACCGCCCCGGGCUGUUGCCCUCAUCCCACGGGGCAAUCAGCUGCAGACCUUCAACCACAAAGCUCCCUACCUGUACAGCCCCCCAUCACAUGCCCACCUCCCCGCCUCCACCACCCUCCCCCCAAACCCAGCAGGUAUGCUUGGCAUGCCCCAGGACUCGUGCCAUGUGGCCACUGCCCCACACCCCCGUCACAACCAUUACCCAGAUCCACAACACCAAGGCAUGACAAACGGACCGUACCACCACAGCCAGGGAAUGGGGAAUGGUAGCAUUGGUAGCAACUACCAUGGCUAUCACCAACCUCACCCCCAUGAGAGACUACCAGCUGACCUGGACAUUGACAUGUUCCACGGUAGCUUGGACUGCGAUGUGGAGUCCAUCCUCCUCCAUGACAUUAUGGACUCUGGGGAGGAGAUGGACUUUAACUUUGACUGCUCCUUAGCCCAGGGGGUGGGCAUCGGCAUGGGUAUGGGCAUGGGUGUGACCAUGGGCAUGGGGAUGGGAAUGGGCGGUCUGACUGGUCCACAGCAAGCCCAUAGCAACCAGAGCUGGGUGCCUGGCUGA